AUGGAACCAUUUAGAAAGUCUAUUAAUGAUUCUGAAGUAAAUUCCAAAUGUGAUGAUCAAGAAUUCGAUAGAGUUAUUAAACGAGAAUUGAUUGAAGAUACAGACAAUAAUGAUGAUAACCAAUCAUCACAAUUUGGAGUUAAAAGCGAAUUUGAAGGAGAUAUAAUCAAAAAUCAUACCAAAAUAAAAAUCGAAAAGGAUUUGAACGAUGGUUAUGUAUUGGAAGGAACAGUUAAAACCGAAUUCAACUCUUCAGAACUAAUUAUUCAAUUGAAUUCGGACACGACAUCGAAAUCAAUUAACUCAAAUGCACUCUUCACAAGACGUCCAAAUAUUCAUACCAGCGGAAGAAAAAACUUGUUUUUUUGUGACAAAUGUAAAAAGUCGUACUUUACCAAAUCAUUUUUGAUUAAACAUAUAUUGCGAUGUACGGGAAAGCUCUAUAAAACUGAUGUACAUGAUGAAGGUGUUUCUCAAGCAAAAGAUUUAAUGAAGCAUAAAAGGACAAGGUAUACUGGAUUAAAGCCUUAUGUAUGUAAUAUAUGCGAUAAAAAUUUUCAUAAACCAUCACUUUUAACAGUGCAUUCAAGAAAACAUAGUGGAGUUAAGCCAUUUGAAUGUGAUAUAUGUCAGAAAAGGUUUACUGGAAAAGGAUAUUUAAAAACCCAUAAAAUGACACAUACUAGAGUUAAGCCAUUUCAAUGUGAUAUCUGUAAUAAAGCGUUUUUGCGAAAAGGAGAUUUAAAAAGGCAUAUAAUGACACAUACUGGAGAUAAACCAUACAAAUGUGAUUCCUGCGAUAAAUUGUUUUCUCAAGCUGGACAUUUAAAAGACCAUAAAAAUACACAUACUGGAGAAAAACCAUAUAAAUGUGAUACCUGCUACAAAGUGUUUUCUCAAGCACCAAAUUUAAAAAGGCAUAAAAUGACACAUACUAGAAUUAAGCCAUUUCAAUGUGAUAUCUGUAAUAAAGCGUUUUCGCAAAAAGCAGAUUUAAAAAAGCAUAUAAGGACACAUACUGGUGAUAAACCAUAUGCAUGUAAUAACUGUGAUAAAAGGUUUACUCAAGUAGGAAGUUUAAAAAUCCAUAAAAAUACACAUACUGGAUACAAACCAUAUGAAUGUGAUUCCUGCGAUAAAAGGUUUUAUCAACCAGAAGUUUUAAAAAGGCACAAAAGGACACACAGUGGAGAUAAACCAUUUAAAUCAUGUGAUAUUUGUGAUAAAAGGUUUACUCAAGCAGGAAAUUUAAAAAUCCAUAUAAAUACACAUACUGGAGUUAAGCCAUAUGAAUGUGAUCUGUGCCUUAUUGAAUUAGAACAACUAUUACGUCCUGUUUCUACUAUUACCAAAACAGAAUUACAAAAUACAAAAUUAAUGGGUUACAAUGAUGAUGAAAUUUCUGAUGAUUUUGAAGGGUUGAAAAAGGCUGGUGAAAUUUCUAAAGAGGAUUACUCACGCCUAAUAGAAUUCAUUGAGCCAUGUCGCCCAAUUUGGGAUCACAAAAUAAAUUUGAGUGAUAGAUCAGAAAACGUUAAGGAUCGUUUCUGGAACCAAGUGUUUGUGCAGUUUGAAGAAAAAAAACUAAAACCUAGUGGAUGUGAAGGCAAAAAGAAAGAAUGGAUUCAUCUAAAACAUUUAACGUUUUUGGAAAGUAUGAUAGAAAAUAUUAAACAUACAUCUUGCAACCUUGCAAAUGAUGAAACAAUCUUAUCCACUGACUCUGAUAUAAGGGAAAAAAAUCCAAAGCGUAAACAAAGUGAAACUUUAAAUGUUACUCGUGAACUUUUGAAGAAACUUAAAUAG